CCCGAGGCUAUCAGAGAUGACUGUGAUUUGAAAAUGAGAGCAACCUCGUUCAAGUCAAUCUUUACGUGGCCCGCAGAAGAAGGAGCUAUCAAUGAAAGCAGUGUCAGGGCAAACUACCAGGUGAUCAAGCAUGUGCCAAAGCCAUUUGGUUUGUGGAGUGAUAUCAUCCUGGUUCCCCAUGGCAAGUGGGUGAUAGAAGCUGUUGCUGACUGCUGGGAGGUGGGUCGUUGGAUUGGUGGGGUGCCUAUCAAGAGCAAGGCUGAUGCAUGGUCUUUGAGAAAGAUGACUAACCAUGAUGCUUUUCAAGCUCAUGCGCCCCGCGUUGAUGGACCUGCUCCAGCUGUGGCGGGGCCCCCUGAACGUGAUGAUGAUGAUGCCCACGCUGACGAGCCGCCCUUGCCAGUAUCUCCUCCAAGCCCAGCCUCCCCACUGCCCAGCCCACAGCACGGCCCAUCCCCACCGCCCAACCCACAGCAUGACCCAUCCCCACCACCCAGCCCACAGCACGGCCCAUCCCCACCUCCCACCCCACAGCACAGCCCAUCCCCACCACCCAGCCCCAAGUUUAGCUUUGCGGAUGGCCAGCGCCCCUCAUGCCCACAAGCUACAUGGGACCCUGAAGUUGAUAAUAGCCAAAGAAUGCCUGGUUUGACCCCUGAAAAUGAAGCUUGGUUGGCACACCAAAAGUCUUUGAAAAGUGCUGCUUGUACCUCGGUCUCUGAUGAUGCCUCGGUUCCCUCAACAGCUGUGGAUUCCCCUUUGGAUCCCAAAGCCGCUUCGAAUGACAACAUGGUUUGCAUUUCUGAUGAAGAUGAACCUGUUCUUCCCCCCAGAGACCUUGCCAAUGCUUUAGAUUCUGUUCUGUCCAGGACACGGGUGUGGACAUGGAUGAACUGGGGUCUCUACACGAAAUUUGCGCUGAUGAAGGCCAAGAUCAAGGCCAAAGUUGGGAAAUCGUCAACACAUGUGGAGGUUGCCGCCCGAUAUGCUGAGCCCAGAGGAUCAGACUUGGAGGCAGCAGUGGAAGAUUCUGGCAUCAAACCUUCCUCCGGCGAGUUGCCAGUCCCACGUGGUGCUGGAAUGCACUUCCGAAUGAAGAACGAGCACUCACCAGAAAGGAUCAGAGGGAUCUUCGUGCAUCAAAGGGCCGCGGGAAAGGUCCUUGCAUGCCACGUGGCUCUUCCAAUCUUCAAAGAUACCUUGGGUCCACCAGCGGUUGCGCUGACAUGUUUGCUGCGUGAGCAUGGGGAAUGGCGAUUCAUGGAAGUAUUCGCUGGAGAAGCACAGGUCACAUCGGAGCUACGGUUGGCUUCCUACAUGGGUGUCAGCCUCGACAUCGUCUAUGGUGGGAGGGCCAUGGACCUUUUGACCCCUCCCGGUCUUUCGCCAGGGCGUGUGGAUGAGGCAUUGGGGCGCAGACUCUUCAAAGCCAACACUGUUAUGGAGCAACAGUGUGUCGGUCCAGGGGAUGGCAUGUCGCGGCUGCGCGGGCAGCAGCAGCCGACUACACCCACUCGUGUCAGUGCAGUGAAACCUGAAUGCAUCGAUGAUGAUGUUGGGGUUUUUUCCCCGGAGACCCGGGCUUUGAUCAAGGGUCUUGGUGACAGUCCAGAGUCUUUGCAACUCAAAGCGGAAAUUCUCAAUCCGCUUCCGAAGCCAGAGUCUUUGCCGCCGAUGCCUGAGAUGGAGAUGGCCGACAUGGAGGCACAGUUCAAGGCUGAGCAGGAACUAGAGGUGGAAAUAGAGUUGAAACGUGAAAAACGCAUGAGAGAACUGGAAGAAGAAAUCAAAGAGGAGGUGGAUGCAAAGCAAGCCAAGCUAGCCAGUUUGGAUGCUCAGUUGUCAGAACGGAUGUUUCUGGUUAGUGAGGAACAGACCCUGUUGGAUGAUCUCAAACAAAAAGCACAUGAAAUGCAGUGUAAGUUGGAUGAGGAGUCCCGCAAGUCCAUGAAUGCCAUGGGUCGUGAGCCCCCGACGCAUGCUGUCUUUCCAGUCCCAUGUACCAGGGUCUCAGACCCCAAAAGUGCCAUGAAAGAGAAACUCAGGGAGAAACUUGAAGAAACUCAGAAAAAGAAUCAGGUGGGGAUGAAGGAUGUUUCCCAAUCAACCCCUUCACCAACGGGGAGUGCUCCUGCCCAUACCCCUUCACCGUCGACCGUGGCAAGUCCCCCGGAUGGCGUGAUUGUGCCAGUGGUGCAAAACGAGAUCAUCUUCUUCGAGAUUUUGUCUGCAGCCAAGUUACAAGCGCUGGUGACUUUGCGCAACAGUGCCAGGUCCUGGCGCCGCAAUUUGCAGGGGUACUCGUGGCACACUGAAGAAGAGCUGAAGAGCACACUGGGUUGGGCAGAGAAAUGCCUCUAUGACGACAAGGCUGUGAAGUACCUUGUCAUGGUUCGAGACGAUGUGGAGGCUGGUGACGAGAAGCUGAAGGAGUUGGAGCAGGAGAUGAAGGACUGGGGUCUGUUUGAUACAGAUUUUUGCCUUGGGGACGUCUUCGAGGACGAGGAAGACACCCCAGGCAAUAGUGACUCCAAACCAAAAAAACGUAUCGGAGACUGGCCGUCCGUAGAGGGCGAAGAGAGUGUCGUGGAACACGUUGGCAAGCUGAAUCAGCUCUACCAGGAGCUGGGUGCGAUCGAAAUUGGAGCCCAGGGCCGGGAGUGCAUCAACUUCAGCAACAUUCACGCUCAGGUCCAUUCUGCGGAUGCUGCCAUUCAGCAAGCCAAAGGUGCUGGUGAUGUGGCGAAACUGGGGCCUCUGGAUAUUUUUGUUCCUAACAUUGGGGAUGGUCGAAUGCGCAACAGCAAGGAAAAUAGGCUUGAUGAAGCUUAUUCCCAUUUUCAAAGUUGGCUGGAUUGCAAACAACAACAUGUUCGAGAUAUGAAGGAGUUUACAGUAGACAACCUGGGCUGGAAACUGAACAGAGACUAUCCGGAAAUGACUUGCAAAGCCUCGGAUUGCAAUCUUAUCAUUCAAUGGUUGAUUGAUUUUCUCACCACUGUGCCUUUUAAGCUUUGCUGGGUGCUUGAGACUACUUUGGCUGGACUACAGGGUGUGGAUGAGUUCAUGCGUUUGGCCUACACCGGUGAUCGAAUUUUUUGGUGCCCUGAAAAGCAACAUCAGGGUAAAUGCUACUUGGGAAUGUUCCUUCACGCGUAUGUGGAGUUGCAGCACUACUGGCACAAACAUGGCUGGACUUUGUUCAAGAUUGUUCCAAAGUCACAUUUCGCGGCACAUUGGCAUGAAGAACUGGCAGAGGCAUUGGCAGAUCAAAAGGAGUGGGCCAUCAGCCCUGGUGCCUUUGCAACUCCUAUUCUUGAAGAUUUCAUUGGCACUGUUAGUCGCAUAUCGCGUACUUCGCAUCCUAGCAGUGUUGCCCGCACAACCAUCUACAAGUACUUGGUGGAAGUUCGAAAG